UCAUCUACCGGAGAAGAAGAAGUAGCGUCAUCACACCGAUGCGUAUGGCAUUACAAGCUAGCGUCUGUGGUUAAAGAUACUUAAGAUCUUUAUCACACCGCAUUUUUCAGAGAAAAUGCCUCGCUAUGCCCAGUUGGUGAUGGGCCCGGCUGGUAGCGGAAAGAGUACGUACUGCUCCACCAUGACCCAGCAUGCAGAGGCUUUGAACCGCUCAGUUCAGGUGGUCAACCUGGAUCCAGCAGCAGAACACUUUAAUUACCCUGUUAUGGCAGACAUCCGGGAGCUCAUCCAGGUGGACGAUGUCAUGGAGGAUGACUCUCUCAGGUUCGGCCCCAACGGAGGCCUGGUGUUCUGCAUGGAGUACUUUGCUAACAACUUCGACUGGCUGGAGGAAAGCUUAGGUCACGUGGAAGACGAUUACAUACUGUUCGACUGCCCAGGUCAGAUUGAACUGUACACCCACCUGCCUGUGAUGAGGCAGCUGGUGGAGCAGCUCCAACAGUGGGAGUUUCGGGUUUGCGGAGUGUUUUUGGUUGAUUCCCAGUUCAUGGUGGAAUCUUUUAAGUUUAUCUCUGGAGUCAUGGCUGCCCUCAGCGCCAUGGUGUCCCUGGAAAUUCCACAAGUGAACAUCAUGACAAAGAUGGACCUGCUGAGCCCCAAAGCCAAGAAGGAAAUUGAAAAGUAUCUGGACCCAGACAUGUACUCAAUGAUGGAAGAUAGCUCCCAUACAAUCAGAAGCGCCAAGUUCAAGAAGCUAACCAAAGCUAUUUGUGAUCUUAUAGAUGACUACAGUAUGGUAAGGUUUCUGCCCUUUGACCGGACUGAUGAGGAGGGUAUUAACAUAGUGCUGCAGCACAUCGACUUUUCCAUUCAGUAUGGAGAGGACCUGGAGUUAAAGGAGCCAAAGGAAGGGGAUGAAGAACCAGCUAAUCUAAAUUAUGACGAGAUAUUCCAAGACACAGUUGGCAGCUGAAGCUGGAAUCCAGAUACAAUAGUUGACAACGAUGUUUGACUGAUUGAAAGGUUGCAUUGACUGCAUGAUUUAAACAAAAACAAAAAAGAAAAGAAAUUUGAGUUUUUUAUUGGGUGUUUUUUAGCCUCAUCGUUUCGUUUUUUUGUUUUGUUUCUGUGUUGAUUCUGUGGAAAACUCUGAUUUAUUAUCAAAGGAAGAUAUAAUGCUAUUUAUUUUUUCUAAUAAAAUCAAUAAAACACA